AUGAACUAUGUCGUGAAGAUCCAAUACAUACAUUUUUUAACUCACUGCAAGAAAACCGAGAUCGUUCCGAAAUUUAUAAGCGACAUAAUCCAGUUAUCUUUAAAUCUAUUAAAGAACAAAUCGAUAGCGCGACACAGUAACAAUUUGACAUUUUCAAUUCUCAACGACAACAUCCGUAAACACCAUAAAGAGUUGAAAUUUAUUAAAAAUGAAAUUGCGCAGAAGAAAAUCGAAUUAAUGAAUGAACUAAGUAUUGAAGAUAGAAGUAAGAUCGACCAUCAUUUAACUGAAUGUCUCGUGAAACUAAAGAAGAAAAAGAAAUUAAAUUAA